UUGUAAACACUUGAAGAAAUCGUAGUUACAUUUCAUCCCCACUUGGGGUCCAAAACUCUGUCGUUCUUUUAAAUCACCGUUAAGCGAAGAAUCUUCGACUCGUAGACUCAAUACAGUCAAGUUGAUUUUAGUAUUUUWACUCCGAUAAUGGGUUGUUGUGGCAAGAGAACUGGCGAUGAAGACCAAGACAUUGAAAUGAAGGAGAAAGGAAAGUGGGGCAAAGCCAAAGAAUUUGACCCAAGUUUUAAUGGUCCAAUCAAGAACAGAAGUUGUACAGAUAUACCAUGCUGUAUUCUAUUUGUGCUUUAUGUUCUUGGCAUGCUGGCACUUGGUGGAGCAGCUUUCUAUAUGGGAAAUCCAUACAAACUGCUCAAUUCUGUGGACUCAUUUGGAAACAUUUGUGGAUAUACUGCUGGUUUUGAGGAUAAGCCCAAGCUAGUGUUCUUUGAUAUGACAGUCUGUAUCAGCCCAGCCAGUUUUGCAACUGAUUUGUUUGCUUAUUCAUGUCCAACUACUCAGGUUUGCCGCAAGAAAUGUCCAGAAGUGAAUGCAAUUGGUUCAAGUUUAAGUGGUGAUGACAUGGUUUGCAGAUAUGAUGUCAAAACAAGUGGGCUAACUACUUUGGAAAAACUAAAUUUGAUCAAAGAAAAGAAGUGUGCUCCUUACGUUUUGAAGAGUACAGAUGUGAUGAAUCGAUGCGUCCCUACUAUACUUAGCAACCAGCUUGGCAAUCUGUUCCCAACUGAGACCAAUAAUGUUACAGGAACUAACAUAACUGGAGAAGCUGUCCAACAAGGAUCACUCUAUGUACAGACCUUACUGAAACUCCAAAAUCUUGGCCUCAAAGUUAUUGCUGAUGUACAAGAUUCCUGGUACUGGAUCUUAGGGUAUGCAAAAUACGACUAUAUACCUAAUAUGCAGGGCGCUAUUUUCCACGAGAAGAGUUGUAGUCUUCGUAUGUUUUUAUAUUUGCRAAAACGUUCCUCCAGAGCCAUUUUUGCUGUUCCUUUACAAAAAUGGACGUAGUUGUGACGUUUCUUUAAGAAAGUGAUGUUGAGGACUAAUUUGUUGUGUUACUCGUACAAUACCUGUUGAUGGAAGUUUGUGCUYAAGCAAAU